UAUACGUAAUUUUGAUAAAUUAUCUGCUGCAUAUUAAGUGAGUACUUACAUUAGUAACUAUUUCAUAAAGUACCUCAGUAAGGGGAAGGACUCUGCUGUGCAAUAAUUUCAAACAUUUUAGCCUUUUCAUGAGACAUGGAUCUCAAUAUAAUGGAUAAACUACGCAUACUAAAAAUAGAUACAGAACUGCGACCACAAAUCAAAAUGAAAUCGAUGAGUCGUUAUUACUUCAUGACCUCGACGAAUCCAGGCGAGCAGUUCUUUGUGUUUGCUUCCACAGCAGCAUGGUUGAUACGGAAAACUGGCAAAGAGUUUGAACAACCGAACGAAGAAGACGACCCUAACUCUGUUAUAGCAUCAAUACUAGACAUAUUAAGAGAAAAAGACAUAACAGUUGACUUUUCAUCAUACAAACUGAAACAGGGAUGCGGUGAUCAAGUAUGCUACAUUUUAAACGUAUUAGCCGAUGAGGCUUUGAAAAACGAGAACUUUGAAUGGCAAAAACCCGUCGUAAACAUUCCGGAUACAGAAGAAUCUGUAGACGAUUUAGAUCAAGUUGAGGAUGAAACAGAAAUAAUACUUGAUAAGGUAGAAGAAGAAAUGGGUAUAUACUCUGAAGAAUCGGAAGGCGAGGCAUAUGGCAGUGCAGAAGAAAAGGAACCUAAUGAUUUGGGCAAUAGAGUACAUGAUUCAGAAGCUUGGAAGUUGGAGUUAGAGAGAGUAGCUCCAGCGUUAAGGUUAAAGAUUGCAGCUGAUGGCAGAGAUUGGAGGGCAAGACACGCCCAAAUUAGAACAUACCGCGAUGAACUCUUCGAUAGAUUCAAAACAACAGGAACACAGCUAAACAAACUCCAUAAUAACAUAAGUUCUGUAAUGGACAAGAUUGCAGCCAGAGAGAAUAUAUUAAACGAACAAUUUGAACCUCUUGUUAGAGAAUACGGAACUCUCCUUGACGAGCUGAAUAAAGUUACAAAUGAAUACAAAGAAGUCAGCGUAGGUGUUACCGAAAGGCAAGAAAUGCUGAAUGAACUAACAACUAAAGUAGAAAACAUAAAACAGAGAACAGAGUCCAAAGGUUCGUCAAUGAAUGACAACUCCCCAUUAGUAACAGCAAAGAAAGGGGUUGAGACCCUUAAAAAGGAUAUUCAAGAACUCGACUUCCAGAUUAUUAUUUUGCUGUGGUUGCUCAUAUCUAAGGAAAAUCCAAAGAGCAAUAACUACUUAGUCAGCGCUGAAUCAAGAAUGGUUAACACUGAAGCUUAUUAACACAAUAUCCACAGAAUAAAUAGAUCUAUGCCCAUAGACAAGACAAUAAAUAGACGUUGAACACUGUAUAAAUGCGAUAUGUACCUAUGAUUGGUACAAGUAUAUUAUACUUUUAUUACAUACCUUCUUGGACACGGUGAUUGGCGCGUUGUCUUUACAUACAAACGGUAGUGUGGAACUACCAGAGCUUCUAAUGUAAUACCACAUAGCUCCUGACAUUAGAGCGAUGUUACAAUCCAAUGACGUCACGGAAAUUAGCUGCAGAGUGAUGAGAGAUCAAGACGAGGCGACUGCGGGUGGGAGAAAGGUGCGCGUAGUUGCGUCUCUAUGUUACCGCUGAUACCAUACCAAAGUUUGCAUUGCACACCUUCACACACGAUUUCCCAAAGCG